GGAAGGAGCCGUUGUCUCUUAGCCGACAUCGGAGAGAGCGGAUGGGGAGACCAGCGGCCCGAAGACAGAGUCGGAGGCAGAGCGCGCUGCAGCCAUGCAGGCGGCAGAGGCGGACGCAGGCGCAGGCAGGAUGGCGGGCGGCGCUGAAGGCCUGGACAGCCAGGGGGGCAGCGGGGGCAGGGGGGACCGGGGCGGCCCUCGCAGCGAGGGUGCUGCUGCCGCUGCAAACGACGGAGCUCUGUGUGCCGCGCCGGCACAGCACUCUCCGGGGCCGGGCGGACACCCCGCGUCCACAGCCAGAAGGCCGGGAAGCCGGCCACACGUAUUCGCCCUAAGUGUGCCUUUCCCGUCCACCUUGGAGGCGGAGAUCGCCCGUGGGUCCCUGGCCCCAGAUGCCGAACUGCACCAUGGGGCUGUUGGGAAGGAGCUCACAGUAAGCGGCAGAGUCCUGGCGGUCCACUGGAGAGCUGAAGAUUCCCACCUCCUCCAAAUUUCCAUCGUCAACUUUCUUGACCAGCUUUCUCUGGUGAUACGGACCAUGCAGCGCUUUGGGCCCCCUGUUGCACGCUAAGCCAGGGCUAGAGAAGGGGAUUAAGGUCUAAACUUGUGUCCCUUCCUAGACAGUGCAUCCCUCCUAGGGCAGUGAUUUCUGUAGUAGUUGCCACUUUAUUAUGGGGGCCUCAUCUUUUGCCUCUACUGGCCCUUGCGUGCUGAGGGUUCACUUACUUUGUUUGGUGCUUAAAUGUUUCUUAACUACUGAAAAUAAAACUGAGCUAUGGGGC